AUGCCCACUCCAUCCGCGACGGCAGCGGACGACAAGGCGGUUGCCGCUGACCAGGAGCAACGAGGUACAGACAAACCCGAACCGGCGGCAGCACCCACACCUAAGAAUGCUUCGACACCUCUUCCGGGAACUGCAUCCGGCUCAGCUCCGGCAAACGAAGCUUCAGCAGGGAGCGUCUUCAGCAGUCCCGACAUGACAGCUGCUGUGCUUGCAUACCUUCAUAGACGCGGCUUUGAUCGAGUCGAGGCUGCUUUCAAAGCUGAACUUGAUGCGCUUGCUUCCGGUGCGACCGCAGAACAGGCCGCUGCUGCAGCUGACCUGCUCGGACGCGCACCCACAGUUGGCCUCGAAGAUCUGGCAGUGAAGAACGCACCGCGCACGCUUGGAGACAAGGACGGUGAAAAGGACAAAGACGGAAAGGAUGGCAAUGAUAUAGCAAGCAAGGACAAGGACAAGGACAAGACAGCAGCCGUCGCCGCGGAUGCGGAUCUUACUUUCGCAGAGGAUGGGGAUGUCUCGGCUGCAGCAACACAGGCACUUUUGCUCGACCCAACGGAUCGCGCAAGAGGGUUCGCUAUGCUCAAGUCAUGGUGUCAGGGAAGUCUGGACAUUUAUCAGCCUGAGCUGCUGCCCAUCCUGCUACCACUUUUCAUUCAUUCCUUCCUCGAUCUGGUUCUAAUGGGCCACGGUCCAGCUGCUUCGGCACUCUACACAGCACACGCCGCAUCCUUCCUGCCCACGCAUACGGCACUGCUUUCUCAUAUUCGCUCGCUUGCACUGCCAUCGCACAUCCAGUCCGACCCUCUGGCACAACGCUUUCGCUCGGAACGAUACGUGGUCAAGAUGUCCAAUACGGUCUUUAGUCUUCUCCUUGGUUGGCUUACUGAUGGAGGCGGACCGGUCUCGGGCACAACAAAUGGGCUCGAGGAAGCAGAGGCACCUGCAAGGCGAGGUAGGGAGGCUAUGCUCAAGAUCAUCAACGAGCGUUGUAGGAUUCAGGUUCUCGCUGCACAGCCAUACCAGUUCGACGCUGCUGUGUUGGAAGAAGGCACAGGUUUGACCGGUGCAGGGCCGACAUACUCGAGUGUGAGCACAAGCGCAGCAGGUCGAAGUCGUAUCCACUCAUCGCUGGCCAAGGAUGCGGUCUCGGGGGCAGAUGCGCUAGCUGUAUUCAAUGCCAAAGCCGCUGGUCCUCAGCUCAAGCUGCAUCCAUCUGUGCCUUUGACGGAAAGGUUGGAGAAGGAAGUGCAGAAGCAACUGCAGCAAGUCGAUCGUCGCGAAAAGGAGACCGUUGCCGCUGUGCAGGCAGCAGAGGCAAAGAGCAAAGAAGCCGAGGCAUCUGCUUCGGCCACUGCCACUACGCAAGAGGGCGGUGAAGAAGGCAACACCAGCCAGCAGCAGCAAGAGGGCGACACGACAAUGCAAGAUGCCGCCGAGGGUAAUACUGCCGAAGAUGCCGAUGGAUCUGGCAGGGGGAGAACAACAUCAGUACUACCAUGGGAGCGGCGACGAUCAGCUGCUAGCCCUGCUGCUCCUACUGUUGCCGAUGCCAAAGCUAGUGCCUCCUCUGGUCCUGAUUUCUCUGUCGGACUUCUAGCAGCUAGCAUCACUGAUAUGCCACCACAAGCACCCACCUUCCGCACUGUUGAUGUCAAGCGCGAGGUGCAACGGGUUCGCGACGCUCGCAAGCGCAUCCGUCUCGACCCUUCUCUAGUUAACGGAUCUGGAUCGACAUGGUCGAGGUUGAGCUUCACGUCGGGUGUACGUGAUGGGAGUGUCAACGCUCUAGGCGAGCAAGGCGCUCACGCUGCUCGAGUUGCCGCGCUUCCCUCAGUGUGCGCUUAUACCUUUCACGAUGCCGAUGACGGCAUCACAUGCUCCACCUUUUCCGACGACAUCACUCUGAUGGCCGCUGGGUUCGAAGAGUCUUUUGUCCAAGUCUGGUCGCUCAAGGGCGAGAAGCUGCGCGGGAUUCGCGGCAACCCGAAUUUGUCGUCGAUUCGGGACAGCAAGACACUGGCGAGGCAGCGAGAAGCGGAAUGCUACUCAACACGUCGAUUGAUCGGCCACUCGGGGCCAGUUUACGGAGUUGACUUUGACCCUGUUGGUGGGUCGGCAUCCGCACCGCGACAUUUGCUGAGUUGUUCAGCCGAUGCAACAGCGAGAUUGUGGAGUCUGGACACGUACAGCGCGCUAGUCGCCUACAGAGGCCACCAGCAUCCAGUGUGGGAUAUCAAGUGGAGUCCGAUCGGAACCUACUUUGCCACCGGUAGUGCAGACAAGACAGCACGUCUGUGGAGCACGGAAUGUGUGAAUCCCUUGCGAAUGUACGCCGGGCAUCUUUCGGACGUCGACUGUCUGACGUUCCACUCGAAUAGCUUGUACCUUGCUACAGGUUCGUCUGACCGGAGCUGUCGAUUGUGGGAUGUACAACGUGGUGCUUGUGUGCGACUUUUCGUUGGACACCAAUCAGCGAUCUCGUGUCUGAAGAUCAGCCCAGAUGGACGUUACCUUGCCUCAGCAGCAGCUGGUAAGGGUACAGCAUCUCAAUUUGUUGGCAUCUCGAGAGAAGCGCACAUUAACGAUGUCUCCAUCUCACUGUGGGAUCUGGCAAGCGGACGAAGGAUCAAAAAGAUGUGGGGCCAUAGCGAACGGAUCUAUUCGAUGGACUUUUCCACCGAUGGUUCAUUGUUGGUGACUGGCAGUGAGGACUGCAGUGUGAGAUGCUGGGAUGUUCGAUCGGUAGGAGGUGUAAGGAAGACACCGGCAAAGGGAUCGUUGGAAUCUCAGCAAGCGUCAGCAGCAGCAGCAGCAGCAGCAGUUAAUCAGACCAGCGGAGCAGAUCUGACCAACACGAGUGCUGAUUGUGUGGCUACAUUCCACACUAAACGUACACCUGUGCUGGAUGUACACUUUACACCGCGAAAUCUUUGCCUCGUUGCCGGUGUCUACGAGGAUUGA